GCCGACCAACACUAUGAUGACUAUAACAUUAACAAAAAAAUUGAUAUAAACGAAUUUCCUUACACAACCGAUUCUGAUCCGUCAGCUUUAGAUCCAUCAGUUUUAGAUCAGUUAUUAAUGUCAUUUUCAAAUGAUCCGUUAUCAAUUGCCGGCUUAGGACCUUCCACAG